AAACUUCUGGCCUUUCUUUGGACACCCAGGACAAAUUGCCAUAAAUGUUUAAUAGUUUUUGACCUGUCCCCAAAUUAAUAUAAUUGGUUCCGAGUUUGUUUUGAUAUUUCAACCUGCGUGUCCUCAUCGUUUCUGGUGUGGGUCAACAAAAUCAACGUGCGCUUCCGGUUUGGUCAGCAUGUUAGCAUACUAAUAUGAUACACUGAAUGAGAAGAAAUGAAUGAUUUAGUCUACGUUUACACAGGUAGCCCAAUUAGGAUCUUUUGCCCAAUUAUUGGCAAAAUAUCUGAUCUGAUUGGUUAAAAGACCAAUUAUUGAAGAAAGAUCAGAAAUGAGCUGCCUGUGUAAACACAGCCAUAUGAAGUCAAUAAUAUAUAAUCAAUAGAUUGCAGAUAGUACAUGCAUAAAGGAAAUGCCAACGUAACAUGUCUUAAUGAAGUUGGGUCACCAUGAGCCACCAGAACAGCUUCAAUGUGCCAUUGGCAUAGAUUAUGUUUCUGGAACUGGGAUGUGGGAUGUGGAACCAUUCUUCCACGAGAAAUUCCAUAAUUUGGUGCUUUGUUAAUGAUGGUGGAAAACACUGUCUCAGGCGCCGCUCCAGAAUCUCUCAUAAGAGUUCAAUUGGGUUGAGAUCUUGUGACUGACACAUACUUUAAACCCCUUAUGCUCCUUUGAGACCCCUCUUUCAAAGUUACUGAGACCAAAAUAAUGGGCAACUGGGCAUUUUUAUGCAUGACCCUAAGCAUGAUGGGAUGUUAAUUGCUUAAUUAACUUAGGCACCGCAUUCAGGAACCACAUUCAAUAUUUUUUGUAUCCCUCAUUUACACGUGUGUUUCCUUUUAUUUUGGAAGUUACCUGUAAAUAGCCUAAUUACAUAUAGGGUAAUCCUAGUCUAGGGCUGAAAUGAACGCUCAAUGGAGAUUCUCCAAUUAAUAAGCUUAUUUUGUGUCCUGGAAACUGGCCCAUAAUGUCUUUGUCUUGAUGUAUAUGUAACUAAAGAGCUAAUGUAGCCUAGUUACAGGUCUAGCACCAUAUACCAAUCGGAGACAUUAGUUGCCAUUUUCCAAUUAUGACAGUUCACUUGUUUAUUUAUGGCCAUAAUCUGUAGUUACCAAAUGGCUUCUAGAUACUACACCAUAAAAUAUCAACUUUAUGUAGAAUGUUGACUAUGAUCUCUCACCAUUCUUAGUCUCUGUUUUGUAAUUUAAAAAAAAAUUAUAAUACUGAUAUUCCUUGUUCAUAGAGCAAUGCCAUCAUCCUUCAAAGGCGCCUGGGGGAAAAUCCUGUAUACGUUAGAGGCCAAGUUGAGCAGAUCAAUGAGGAUAUCCAGCAAAGCACAUAGAGAGAAUGGGCUACUACUUAGGUGAAGACCUAAAGGUUGUGGCGUCCAUUGAGAAUAGCUCCUCUCGUGAGAUCAAGCCCAAGUAUACCCUGUACCAGAAGGUCAGCUUCUUUGCGAGGGGAAAGAGGAGGGUGUCCACUAAAGACAUCCUGAAAGAGCUGGGAGAGCCCAUCCCACCAUCUGGGAAACUGAAAGUCACUAAAGUCCUUAAAAUCCCACAGCACAUUGUUCCAUCCAUCUUCACCUGCAGUAAUAUUAAAUGCGAGUACAGGCUGAAGAUCGUCCUGGAUGUUCCCUACGCCAGAGACCCAGAAAUCAAAUUGCCACUGGUCAUCCUCCCUGCAACUCAAAUGCCUGGACUGCAGCCGCCACCUUACUCUGACUUUGGUUUUGACUCGUUUCGGAACGCAAACCAACCUGGGUGGAACAGCACACCACAAUUUCCGACAGCUCCGGGAGCCUAUCCACCAACGGCCCCAGGAGUUUAUCCACCAACGGCCCCAGGAGUUUAUCCACCAACGGCCCCAGGAGCCUAUCCACCAAUGGCCCCAGGAGCUUUUGCGCCUACUCCAGCCUACGGAAUGUACCCAUCCCUGUCUGAUUUUGGUGGUAAAUCCUAGUGGAAGAAAAGAUAAGAGGGUAAAAUAUAACAAAUGUAUGCAUUGUAUAUGAUAAUGUGCAGUUUUCUAUCUCUUUAGACGUCCAUUUAUACUUCCAUACUUCUCUGUUGUUGGUGUUUCUUGUCAAUGGCAUGACAAUGUGUGUAACUUCAAUAUCUUUGUGGAAAUGCCUACUAUGGAUAAUGAAAUGGAACAAAGCUCUGCUUAAGUGUGCCUUGUAUAAGUUGUCUAAAUAUGAAUAUUGCUGUUAAGAAUGUAACAAUGAAUGUUCUUAUUUCAUGGUGGUGCUGAUAAUCGAAAAAAAAAAGAAGAAAAAAAAAAAUAUAUAUAUAUAUAUAUAUGAUAAUAGUAAAAAUUGUCAUUUCCAAAUAAGUACAGGGAAAUAAAAAGCAGGGACGUCCACGACGAUAAUAGGCCACUGGUCCAUUUUUUUAUGAUGAGAUACAUAAAACCAGGAACACUUUAUCAACUAAAUACCACACCGUAUGCAUACAUAAACCUUAUAUAGGCCUUUAUAACUUUUUAUUUGAUGGAGAAGAAUCACAGAGUUAUGCUGUCACAAGUAUUGGAAAAUUAAUCAGACGUGACUCAGAAGUGGUGUUUAAUGAUGACAUUGCAAAUAUUGUGGGCGUAGGCCUACUUAUUGUCCCCGCCUAUUGUAAAUAUAGACCUCCUUCCUUACUAUGUUAUAUUAAAGACAGUUGUGAACCCUA